AUGGGCGACGCUCCCGAGACCAGCCUCAUCUCGACUUGCGCGAGUCUGGCAAAACGGGCCUUGUCCGGAGCCGCGGAGAUAGAAAGCAACUUUCUUGACACAACUGACGAGACCGGCGCACCAGUAUUUCAAAAGCUUCGACGACUAACGGCAAAGUUACAACAGCUGAGCAAGGAUGCGGAUCAGUUGCAGGCAGGGCUGCGAACAGCAUCAGCCAUAGCGGCCAAGCUUCGGACCGUCAUAUUGGCUCACGUAUCCAAGUGUGAUGCCACGGCCGCCAUUGUGGUGAAGGAACUCAUGCGCGUUGGGACGACUACGCCAAAGGACGCGAUCAAUGUGGCAGCCGUCCUCCAGUACGAGUCGUUCUUGGAAUCAACGAUGCGGUUUCUCUUCUUUGCCACGCAGCUACUCUCCAUCUCUGUCUACGGAAGACCACCGCUUGCCGAAGCCGGUGACCAAGGUAGCAGUAGCAGCAAAACCAAAAGUGAAUCGUCUGGUGGCUUCUUCAGCUCGCUGGCCAACCCAUUUAAAGCUGCAACCGCCGCUCUACGCACCAAACCGGAACCCUUCGUGGUGCCACUCUGUCACGCCGCCAUGGCGGGCAACGUACCCCAGCUGACGUCGCUGCUCAACAAAGGAGCCAACAUCAACGGGCGCAACGAGAACGGCCACACCGCCCUCAUCUGCGCCAUCAUUGCCGGCCAGUCGGAUGCGAUCCAGUACCUACUCAAGGCCGGGGCAGAUUGUAGCGUUUGCGAUGCGGGUGGCAAGCACAGGCCACCUCUCUUCCACGCCAUUGAUGCCGAGAACAGGGCAGCAGCCAGCUUGCUCCUCAAGUACGGUGCCGCCGCCAACCAGAGCGACGGCUAUGGUCAGCCAUAUUUCGUACAUCUCGUGACCGGCGACACAGCGCCCGCGUGGCUCGAGCUGCUUCUCGCGUGCGGUGCCGACCCCUGCGCCAAGGACGGGCCUGGGCGGCCGGUCGUGCUACUGGCGCUGCAGAAGCGCAAGAAGCACGAGGAUCGCGAGGACGUGGUACGCCUGCUCCUCCGUUUCGGCGCGAAGCCCGACGCGAGCGACGCAGACGGCACGCCCCUUGUCCACGUCUGCGUGCAGCAGAAGCGCGACGAGCUUGUGCACGAGCUGCUCGCCGCGGGCGCGGAUCCCAACGCAUGCGAUGCGUCCGGUGUCUCGCUCCUCGAGACGGCCGUGAAGCGCAACGACCGCGCCUUGGUGAAGACGCUCCUCGAGCGACGGGCCGAUCCGAAUACACGGGACUUGUACGGCCAGCAUUUGGUCGUCAACGUACUGCGUGACAACACGCUCUCCGCAGCCGACCGGGAGGCCAUGGCGGAACUGCUUCUCCAACAUGGCGCGCUUGGCAACACGAACGACGUCUACGGGGUCUCGGCGCUCGAGCACGCCAUGGCCCCGUUCUUGGAAGGCACGCCGACCGCGUCUGUCGGCGAGACAGAGCUCAGGAUACCGGACCUCCUGCUGAAGCAGGGGGCGAACUCAAACCAGCGCCUGGACAAGGUGUCCGGUGAGCCGACGCUCCUCACGUACGCCAUCGAUCAUGCGCAGUUGGCCCUCGCGACGAUGGCGCUGAGACACGGAGCCAACGCCAACCUGGUCGACAAGCAAGGCCGCACGCCGCUGACGCUGGCGGUGCAGAAAGAGAACGUGGACGUGGUGGUGUUGUUGCUGCAGCACGGGGCCAUUGUGAAUCAACCCGUACAGAACUUGCCGCUGGACGUGGCGACGGCUGUGGGGAACGACGAGAUCAUCCAGCUGCUCAAGGCGCAUGGGGCGGUGUCGGGGGCCAGUCGCCCGGGGCAAGGCGAUGAGGAUGAAGAAGCUGGCUUGACAUAA